CAAGGUCAAAGUUCAAAAGGUUAAAAGUUCAUCAACACAAUGGCUUUAGCAAAGGGUAUUCUCUCUCCUGCACUCAGAGCUAGAGGCACACACUUACAUGCCGUGAAACACAAUACACGAUGGCUGUCACUGUCUCCAUUGUCUAGAGCUGCCCAGUUCUUUGCGAGCACUACGGAGUGUGUGCAUGACAUUCCUGAUGGAGCCAGACUCCUGGUGGGUGGGUUUGGAUUGUGUGGGAUACCAGAGAACCUCAUCGCUGGUCUACAGCAGAGAGGGGUCAAGGAUCUCACCUGUGUCAGCAACAAUGCCGGAGUGGAUGAUUUUGGACUCGGUCUACUGCUCAAAUCUUGUCAAGUCAAGCGUAUGAUUGCCUCCUACGUCGGUGAAAAUGCCGAGUUUGAGCGACAAUACCUCUCCGGGGAGCUAGAGGUAGAGCUGACCCCUCAGGGCACUCUGGCUGGUAGAAUACAAGCCGGUGGUGCGGGGAUACCAGCCUUCUACACACCCACUGCGUACGGUACCCUCGUACAUCAGGGAGGGUCCCCCAUCAAGUACGAUGCGAGUGGUGAGGUGGUUAUCAAGAGUGAGCCGAGAGAGCACCGAGUGUUUGGUGGACGUGACUAUAUUCUUGAAGAGGCCAUUACCGGCGACUAUGCUCUUGUCAAAGCUUGGAGAGCUGAUAGAAUGGGCAAUGUACAGUUCAGAAUGUCUGCUAGAAACUUUAACCUGCCCAUGGCCAAGGCUGCCAAGGUGACAAUAGUUGAGGUUGAGGAGAUUGUGGAGGUGGGGGAAUUCCCUCCAGACAACAUCCACCUCCCCUGUGUCUAUGUACAGAGAGUGGCCGUCGGAGAAAAGUACGAGAAGAGAAUUGAGAAACGAGUUGUGCGUGCACGUAAUGGAGUGGGCGUAUCUCUCGGCUCAGGGAAAGGGGCGGAGCUUCGUGAGAGGAUCAUCAGGAGAGCUGCUCUGGAGUUCAAGGACGGGAUGUACGCUAACCUUGGUAUUGGCAUGCCCAUGCUGGCUAGCAACUUUAUCCCUGAGGGGAUCAACGUGGUCCUACAGAGUGAGAACGGUGUACUAGGAUUGGGUCCCAGUCCGUAUGAGGGAGAGGAGGACGCUGAUCUAAUCAAUGCUGGCAAAGAAACAGUCACUCUUAUCCCGGGAGGUUCCUACUUUUCUAGCGAUGAAUCGUUUGCUAUGAUACGAGGAGGGCACAUUGACCUGACGAUGCUCGGAGCUAUGCAGGUGUCACAGUACGGAGAUCUGGCCAACUGGAUGAUACCAGGCAAGAUGGUGAAGGGCAUGGGAGGGGCUAUGGACCUGGUCUCUAGUCCGAGGACCAAAGUGGUCAUCACCAUGGAGCACACUGCCAAGGGAUCUCACAAGAUAGUGUCCGAGUGUGGUCUUCCAUUGACUGGCAAGAGCUGUGUGGACCUCAUCAUCACAGAUAUGGGAGUAUUUGAGGUGGACUCCACCAAUGGUCUAACUCUGACUGAACUAGCCGAUGGUGUUUCAUUGGAAGAUAUCAGAGCAGCUACUGGCUCCACUUUCAAGGUGUCUGAUGGCCUGCAGCUCAUGAGACAAGUGUAGCCCCACCCACAACAGAGUGUAGCCCCGCCUUCCACAAUAAACUGUCCGUUUUAAUGUCAUUUCUUGUUAUCACUACCCACUCAUUUUGUAUUGAUAAAUUUCGUGUAUAAAUUGAAAAUGUGCCAAUGAGAA